UGAUUUACCAAUGAACAAGCUUUCCGAACUUUUUAACGUGAAUCAUUUUAUCGUGUGUCAAGUGAAUCCACACGUAGUACCAUUCAUGCAAAAAAAUCUAAUUCCUUCUCCGAUUAGCCGAUUGGCAGGAUGGUUUUUGUUUCUUGCAAUAUCUGAAUUACAACAUCGGAUGAAUCAGCUGAGCGAGGUUGGCAUUGCUCCGAGUUUAAUUUAUAGAGUACAAUCUAUUAUGUCUCAACGAUAUUAUGGAGAUAUUACUAUAGUUCCCAACCUUUCAUAUACUGAUUUUUUGAAGAUUCUUUCUAAUCCUACUCCGCAAUCCAUGCGAGAAGCUACGUUAAGAGGUGAAAGGGCCACUUGGCUAAAAAUUUCUAUUAUUAAAAAUCAUUGUCAAAUAGAAUUGACAUUGGACGAAAUUGUCUUUCGACUUCGUCGUCGCCUGCUUGAUGAUUCAUUUGCCCUCCGUAAUGCUACAGGACUUGAUGAAGAU